AUGGGGCUCUUUGGUAAGAAGGGCAAUGGCAGGCGGGUGGCGGAGGGUGGAGGUGGGACACUCGCUGCAGCUUCUCUCCCAACUGCGGCGUCGCCCUCGAAAAGCAAAACUGGAGACUUGGAGCUCUUCGGUGCCGACAGUGACGAGAGCGACGAUGACGCCACCAUCGAACGCUAUGCGAAAGAUGGCGGGGACGAGGAACUGGACGAGAAAGAGGCAGCUGAAGCCGAGAAGAGGAAAGUAGCGGUGCUCAACUCGAAGCUAUCGCCGGAAGAGUUGUUCAAGAAAUACGACACAGAUGGGUCAGGCAAUAUAUCUGCUUCCGAAUUUCUGGCAAUGCUGCCGGAUCUGGGGAUUUCCAUCUCGGCUGCAAAAGCUAUGCGGAUAUUCCGCAAAUGCGAUACUGACGGCGGUGGCGAGAUCGAUCUUACCGAGUUCAAGAUGGCAAUGUUUGCGGUGGAUCCAGUGUCUGGCAACCCACUCGGUUUCUCUCCGUCGACACUAUUGGGGCCUCGCGAUGCCUUCGAGCUGUUCGAUGAAGAUGGCACAGGGCAAAUCGAUGAGCUUGAAUUCGCAGACGUACUUGAGUACUUUGGUAUGGACGUGAGCGACGAAAAGCAAGAGAAAAUAUUUAGAAAGUAUGAUAGGGACAAGAGUGGCUACAUCGAUUACCAAGAGUUUCGAUCCAUGUGGAUCAAACUGGUGGAUGUACGCGAAGAACUCACAAAGCGAGGAGUAGAAAUCCCGAAACACACGCGAUUGGUGAAAGUACAGCAGAUACUAGAAACAAUUCUGGACCAAGAGGAAGCUCGAGAGGCCGCAGCACUCGAACAAGCCAAGAGAUUCCUACAACGACAGCGUGAUAAGAAACUUCGGGAGCAGCUGGGCCAGAAGGCAAUUAUCCGGGCUGAAGACGAAUUGGCUGCAGCAUUGGAUGCGGCAGGGCAGGUCUACAUAAUAGGGAGUGGCAAAUACGACCAGUUUAUUGGCGACCCUGUUACUCGAGACGAGGAUUUGUUUCCAGGGUUUAAAGCUGUGAGCGAUAUCUGGUUCCACCGAGUAAAUCCAACUCACCAGGAGCUCCAAAACGCGGCAGAUCAAGCGUCCAAGUAUGUGCGUCGAAGAGUAGAGAAUAAGCGCUGGAAGUUUCAAAGUCCGCCGAGGCUAAACAAGCAGACGAUUUCGGAGACCAAGACACAUAUUCGAGCAAUAGCUCGUGAGAUGGAUACGGCGAAUGAUCGCAGCGAAGGAGAGCAAGGUGCCGACUUGAAAAAUAGUCCCACUGAAUCGUCUGAGGUUGAAGAAAUACCCCGCGAUGCGAAUAAUCAGGUCCAAGAUGAAGAGGAGCUUGCCAAGCUGUUCUUCGAAAACCGCGAGUUCGUUCGCAGUCUAAGGUUCCGCUCGACUACUUUGAUGACAAACACGGGGCCGUUGUGGGGUAAAAGUGUCGUGCAAGGUGCGAUCAGUGACAGUGUCGCAUUUGCCGUCACAAGUUCGGGCGGUGUGUUCAGCUGGGGAGGGAGGAAUAGUACGUGGGAGGCUUCCAGUCGACGUCUUGCUGGCUUUGAUAGCGAUUCGGACGAUGAUGUUGAUGAAACUGCAUUACAAAAGAUGUGCACCCCAGAGCAGGUAAGACUGUUUUAA